AUGGAGAUCCUCGCGAGCAGAACCCCGAAGGACGAUUUGACAGACUUGAACGACACGAGAAAAGUGGUGGAAAGUGCCGAAAAUCGUGCUCGUCUUGAUUACAAAAAGGCCGAUUCGAAGCUGGUUUUGAGAAAUAAUCGAGAGUAUGCUCAAGCCUUGCAUCGCGAAGCGGAUCAGCUCCACCGCAGCGGUGAUUACGAGUCGGCAUUAGUGCUGUACCACAGAGCAGCGAACUUGUAUCCGAAGGACAACAGUCACGGCGUUGCGGCUAGGAGGACCGCAGCGACGAUAAGCUCUUGCAAUAAUCCGUCGAAAGCUGUGCGAAAGGUUUUACCGACCUCUGGAGAACGAUUAACAGUCGCCCUAUGCCCGGAAACCGCCGCCAUCGUGGCGAACGAGAAGCUGAAGAAGUCGCCGGAUCCUUCGUCGAUCACCGAGAUACUCAGCUCCUUUGACAGCCACAAGAGCUAUUGGAAGAUCAUGCCGUCUCCUCGAAUCUCCAGCACGCAGCUAAGCAGGUCCAAGUCGAUGUUCAAACAACUAAACAAUCUCGCUGAAACGUUACUGAAGGAUCUUCAAGCGUGCUUCGAUUCUGGAAAGAUGUCAACCGCUUUGAAGAUCGCUCAGGAGUUAUUGGAGCUGUCAGCGAGCUUCCAAGACCCCACUCGCUAUCAAAUCGCAUCCUACCACUAUUUGUCCCUGAUCCACGUGGCCCUAGGUAGACACGACCGAGCAGUGUGCAACGUGUCACGUUUGGUGCGUUUGUCGAGGAGCAGCGAGGACGUGGUUCAGAUCUGUCAGUCAUUGGUGACCCUGGGAAAGGUGCAUCUGAGCUUUGGACACUUGGACGCGGCGGCCAAGGCAUGGGAACACCUGGCCAAGGACUUAAAGGGACCGAUUCCUGUGGCGUGGAUCAAGCACGAGAUUGGAAGAUGCUACCUGGAGACCGGGAAGUACGAAAAGGCCAUCGAAAUGGGUGUCAGAUGCGUGGAGGCUGCCACUAAAGGCAAUUCCAAGAAGUGGAUACUCAAUGGACGUUUGCUGUUAGGCCAGAGCUUAGCGAAACUAGGCAGGUUCGUGGAAGCGCUGGAGGAGCUGCAGAUAGCCGCGAAGAUCACCGAGGAAGAGGGUGAUACCCCGAUGCUGUCCUACAUCCGCGAUCUUAUCGACCAGGUGGCGCACGCCCUUCGCAGGAUUCCGUUCGAGAACGGUAGCUGGGAGGUCGUCGAGUCGGCCAUCUCACGCGACCAACAAGCGAAGGAAGAUCUCGGUCUGUUCAUCGGCCAGGAGAAAACCGUGAUAACCACGGUAUUCUCGCAGAAGCGAGUGAUUACGGAGUGUCGGGACGAUUCCAGCAGCGGGGAAACGUCAGUCGACGAGGACGAGGAGAUAACGAUGCGCUCAGACAAGGCAGCGAGCCUGGUGCAGCCUCAUCGAGAGUGCAGUGCACGAUCCGAUCUCGAGAAGGAAGAGGAUGGCCCGCAAGGUAGCGCCACGUUCAGAAUAGGAAGCUCUCCCGAGAAGAAAGACGUUGCUUCGUCGCCUUCUGCCUCCUCCAUAUCUUCCCUCUCAUCCAGCGUUGAUGACCAGGAGGCAGAGGACAAGGAUAUCGAUGGCAAUUUAGAGAUGUCGGACAAAGCCGAGUGUAACGUUCAGCAGCAGGAAAGCGAACUGAAGCGCGAAAAUAGCAGCAAAGUAUCCCUAAGAAGCGCAAACACCAUGGCCACGUACGUCAUAGACGAAGAGUUGGGAAACGCAGAGCAGAUUACCGACAACGAGGAAGAGGAUAGCCAAGAGAGAGAACACUCCAAGUUUGCUGGCUAUGACGACAAGCUCCCAACGGCGAGCGGGGAUAUGCUAAACGCUCUCCGAGCGAUCGAAGAACUGGGCAAGAAGGAUGAAGUGGACCUGCUGGAUAUGCUCAGGGACAUGCUGCUGUCGACCAAGGAGGAAGGUCGCCAAGGCGAUUUAGGAAAUUCGGGGGAUGGCUUCAGGACCUCGAGAUCCGGCCAGGAUAGACAGAACGAGGUCGCGACGAGCCGUUCGAUCAGGUCCACCUCUCUGCCAUCUAGCCCACACAAGUGUCACGCCAAUGGGGACUUCCGUUAA